GGGUUUGGGCCGCCGGGGCUUUCGCGCCUCUCGCGCUACGUCACUGGGCGCGCGGGCGCCGCGCUUUCAAAAAUGCAGCGGGAGUUAGUGGGUUUCCCGCUGUCGCCCGCGGUGCGGGGGAAGCUGGUGGCGGCAGGUUUCCAGACUGCCGAGGACAUCCUGGAGGUGAAGCCCUCCGAGCUCAGCAAAGAAGUUGGGAUAUCUAAAGAGGAAGCUUUAGAAACUCUGCAAAUUGUAAGAAGAGAAUGUCUCACAGAUCAACCAAGAUGUGCUGGGACCUCUGUGGCAGACAGGAAGUGCACAGCACUGGAACUUCUUGAGCAGGAGCACACCCAAGGCUUCAUAAUCACCUUCUGUUCGGCACUAGACAGCGUUCUUGGGGGUGGAAUACCCCUAAUGAAAACGACAGAAGUCUGUGGUGUGCCAGGUGUUGGAAAAACACAGUUAUGUAUGCAGUUGGCAGUGGAUGUGCAGAUUCCAGAAUGUUUUGGAGGAAUAGCAGGUGAAGCAGUAUUUAUUGACACAGAGGGGAGUUUUAUGAUUGAUAGAGUGGUGACCCUUGCAACUGCCUGCAUUCAGCACCUUCAUCUUAUAGCAGGAGCACACAUGGACGAAGACCAUCAGAAAGCCUUGGAGGAUUUCACUCUUGAAAAUAUUCUUUCCCAUAUUUACUAUUUCCGUUGUCAUGAUUACACUGAGCUGCUGGCUCAAGUCUAUCUCCUUCCAGAUUUCCUUUCAGAGCAUUCAAAGGUGCGGUUGGUGAUCAUAGAUGGUAUUGCUUUUCCUUUUCGUCAUGACCUUGAUGAUCUGUCCCUUCGUACUCGACUACUAAAUGGCCUAGCCCAACAAAUGAUCAGCCUUGCAAAUAAUCACAGGUUAGCUGUUAUUUUAACUAAUCAGAUGACAACAAAGAUUGAUAAAAAUCAAGCAUUACUUGUCCCUGCAUUAGGGGAAAGCUGGGGACAUGCUGCUACAAUAAGGCUUAUUUUUCACUGGGAACAAAAGCAAAGCAGGUUUGCAACAUUGUACAAGUCACCAAGCCAGAAGGAGUCCACAGUACCAUUUCAAAUCACACCUCAGGGAUUUAGAGAUGCUGCUGUCCCUGCUUCUUCAUCACAGACAGGAGGUUCUUCGAAUUUCCGGAAACGGUCACGAGAGCCAGAGGAAGAAUGCUGACCCCCAACUAGUGUCAAUGCAUACAGUUAGACUUGUGAUGUGAUAGUCAUUGUGUAUACAUAAGUAGCUGCUUAUACUCUUUAAAGUGUAAACACUUACUAUGGCAGGAAUGAAUCAGAAUUAUAUGAUGUGAAUAGGAAAAUAGUUACAGAAUCUUCUCUGAAAAAAGCUCCCCCCUUUUUUCCCCCUGUGUGCCUAUACCAUGGUGUACAUGUAGUAAGAGGAAAACUUUUUGGGGAGUUGAUUUUCUACUUCUAAUUUUCUUUUUAAUUUAUUUUUCUGUGUAUGGUGUUAUGCCCAGAUCUCGGGGACCCCAAAAAGACCACCACAGAGACUGAAUACCACAUGUAAAAGUAAAGAGCCUUUAUUUUCAAGCCCCAAGCUUGGUCUUUCUGUCUGUUGGACACAGCGGAGAGAGCAGUGAGCCCUGAGCUCAGGUCGGGUAGCAGAGAUUGGGGUGAGGGGAUUUCGAGGGUUCAGGACCCUGAUUGGCUGACAUUUGUCUAGGAGUAUCUGUAAAACAGAAAUAGAUGUGUGCUAGACUCAGGGACAUCUGGCCAUCUUAUCUAAACUUAUCUAAUGAUUAGAGUGUUUGGGAUGUCAGAUAUUUCCCCUUAGAUGCAGGCCCUCUCUGGGUGGGGUCAGCUUACGGCUUUUCCUGGGUCUGGGUGUUACCUGCCAGUAAGCCUGUCACAGAAGCUGUGUCUGGGCCUCUUUCCCUUGUGUGUAUGUUCACUAUGUGUGUGCUGGUACCUACAAAAGCCAGAGUAGGCUGGUGGAUCCCCUGGAAUUGGAGUUACAAAUGACCCUGAGCCACCUUGAAGGUUCUGGGAACCAGACCCCAGUCCUCUGCAAGAGCCAAAAAUGUUCCUUCCCUAAUGCUGGUUGGUGGUGACUCACUCUUUAAUCCCAGCACUUGGGAGGCAGAGGCAGAUCGAUCUUUGAGUUCUAGGCCAGCCUGGGCUACAGAGUGAGUUCCAGGAGAGCCAGGGCUGCACAAAGAAACCCUAUCUCUGAGGGGAAAUCCAGUGUUUUUCUCUACUUGCUGUCUCCAGUUAAUUUUGACAAACAAGUCUAUGUGGCAGAUGGUAGUUGUGUUUGGAUUUCAUCUUAGAGUUAGAUUGUAUGAUCAAUUAAAAAGAUACAGAAUUCCUUUUAUUUCAUGUCAUCAACAUGAUUACCCUUUCUGGUAAUUGAUGUACACAUGUGAAUAUUGAUAGUGUGACUUUAAAGUAUCCAUUGAAGGUUAAUGUGGCUAAAAGUUUGCUUCCCAGGGAGGUAUGGAAACUAAGAAGUGGGGCCUGAUGGGAAUUCUUGAGAUCAUUGAAAGGUGCACUUCAAAAAGGAUUGUGGGACCCAAGUCUCUUUUCUCUUGCUUCCUGGUCCUGAGGUGAGCAGUUCAGUCCUGUCAUGUGUACAUCUGCCGUCGCCAUCUGGAAAACCCACCGGAGGCCUAGAAGAAAUGAUCUUGUCUGAUCAUAGGCUACAACCUCUAAAACUGAGCCAAAAGGAACCUUUUAUCUCAGCCAUAGUGAUGAAAAGCUAACACAAAUACAUUUGUAUGCACACAGAAUACUUUCAAGAUUUAUAAGUGUUUUGCCUGCUUAUUUAUCUGUGUCCUGUGUGUGCCUGGUGCCUAUAAAGCUCAGGAGGGAGUGUUUGAUCCCUGGAACUGGUUACAGGCAGUUCUGAGAUACCGUAGAGGUGCUGGGAACGGAACUUAAGUCCUCUGCAAGAGCAGCGAACGUUCUUAACUGCUGAACCAGCUCUCCAGGCCCCAAUGUUGCUUGUUGUUUUUAGUUGGCAUAUUUAUUGUACAUAGUAAUGGGUUUCAUGAGGACUUUUGUUGUUGUUUUUUGUUUUUUAAGACAGGGUUUCUCUGUAACAACAGCUAUGGCUAUCCUGGAAUUCACUUUUGUAGACCCUGCUGGCAGCCUCCAAUUCACAGCAAUCCACCUGCCUCUGCCUCCCAAGCGCUGGGGUAAAGGUGUGCACCGCCACACUUCAUGAAGACAUUUUAUUAUAGGUAUAUCAUGUGCUCAUUUCCAGUGUUUUUCAUGUCAUUUCCAUGUUUUACUAUGUUGUGGACACAACUAGUACAACAUAAGCUGAUAAUAUAAUUUACUUUAAAAACUCAUUUCGGGAAGAAUGAAUUCUAGAAAUUUACAUUUUCCAUUGCUGUACUUGGAAAAUCAUUUUAAUUCCAAAUAAGUUUAGGUGUUUGUUAUGACAUACAAUAUAAAGUUAAAAACUCACAUAACCUAAUUCAGUACUUGGUUUUGUUUAUUUUUAGGAUACAGACUUAAUAUUUUAAAUAUAGUUAUUACAUUUCUAUAUUACUAGAGAAAAAUGUAGAGAUCAUUCCAUCGAUGUCUGAGAGAUACUUCAUUGAGUAAAAUGCUUGCCGCAGAUAUGAGGAUAUGAGUUCCAUCGCUGGAACCCGUGUGAAAGAAACCUGAGACAGAACACUGGGGUUCAUGAACCAGCCAGCCCAGCUGAACCUGGGCUUCAAGCCAAUGAGGCCAUCUUAAAAGCAGGGUGUAUAGCUCCUGGGGAAUGACACUUUGAGAUGUGGUCAGGCCUCUACAUGCGCGCGCACGCGCGCACGCACACACACACACACACACACACACACACACACACACACAUAUCAUUCUGCUAACCUCUUGCCUCUGUGAUGCAUGUGUGUUUGUGUGCACAUUUGUGUAUGUGCGUGAAUGUGGUUGUAUGUGAUCCGAAGUCCAUAUGAGGUGGUCAGAGGACAGCCUUGUUGGUCCUUGCUUUCUGCCAUGUUUGAGACAGCCUCUCUUUGCAUUGGCCAAGCCUGCUGGUCUGCAAGCUCCCGGGAAUUCUCCUGUCUCUGCCUCCAGAUAGGAGCACCAGGAUUGUAAGUGCAUGCUCUUGAGUGCUGAGCUGUCUCCCAGCCCCACUGUGCUUUAUUUUUGUCAAUAAUGUUCUUAAUCAAGUUUCUGUGAUUGGUGGGAAAAUUACAGUAUGAUCUGAUAGGACUAAAGUUAGAGGACCCACAUUCUUACUCUGCCUGAGACUUCAGGAAAUGCCAAUUUGGGCAUCUUUAUUUUUCUUUGAUAUUUAUUUUCACUGCCCUUAUUUAUAAACAAGAUUGUUUAUAAAUGAUUGAUUUUUCUGGUUUCUAUUUUUAUAGAAGCAGUAUGAGACAGACAGGCACUGGAAAUUAUCAGCACUGAAAAUAUAGGAAAAAGUGACAUUUACUUUCAUGAUCACAGAGGUGUGGUUGCUACAUACCUGUAAUCUCAGCACUCAGAAAACUGAGGCAUGAGGAUUGCUGCUAGUUCCAGCCUAGCCUGAGCUGUACAGCAAGACCCUGUGUCAAAAAUAAAUAAAACGAUAAAAAAUAAUACUAAGAUUACUCUUGUAAUACCUUGAAUUUCAGUUUUGAGACAAAGUUGAAGUGUUCUAUUGCUUUAAAAAAACAUACUGAGUUACAGGAGAGAAGCUGACUGUUUAUAAUAUGUAUUUUUAGUUAACAUCAGUGCCUAAAUUUACUGUUACUGUUAAAAUUUACAGAACAUUUUGCUCCCUUAGAACUGAUUUUGGCAUAAAAUAUGUUGACAAGAUUUCAUGUAUUUUU